UCGAAGACAUGUUAGCCCAACAACCUUAGCCAUGAAGCUCGCAUGACAAUCUUCUUCUCCAACUCAAGCCCUAUCCCUCAAGAAUCCAUUGACAAGAACGAAAACCCACGUCGGGAAAGAGGGGAGACAGCGAUUUCAGGCGAACUUGCAUCCCCCGAUUUGGAGCCCUGACCACUGCGCCCACCGCCCGCCACCGGCGGUGAUCUUCGCCGGCACCUCCAACACCAUCAAGGUCUACGGAGAUAGAGCAGAGUAGGGGAUUAGGCGCUCUGUCACGAUGGACAACAUCGUAGAUUCCUUGAGCAAUGCGUACCAGGAGUUCGUCGCAGCUGCGGCGAGUGUUCUCGAGGCCAGGGAAGCGUCCGGGGCCCGGAAAAUAGCUGCCAUCGAUGCUACCCUGGAGAACUUCAAGCAGCACUGGGAAUUGUUCCGGGUGGCGUGCGAUCAGGCAGAAGAGUUUGUGGAGUCGGUUAAGCAGAGGAUCGGUUCGGAGUGCCUGGUGGAUGAGGCAAGCGGCCCUUCAGCGGGAAAGCCUGGGCAGGCUGCAGCACCCGGCCUGCCCCCCAUAAGUGCAGUUAGGUUGGAGCAGAUGAGUAAAGCGGUGCGGUGGCUUGUCUUCGAGCUCCAAAAUGGUACUGGCACCGCCGGCGGAGCGGCACAUACGCAUUCCACACCUUUCGAUGCUCGAUUCUCCGAAGAUGCAGCUCAGUAGGUAACUCCUUGUUUGAUACUUUUCCUGAUAGAGUUGAGCAGGUUGAUUCACAUCUUAUUUAGGAUUAACAGAUUGUAAACCGUUGUUGUAGUUUGAGGUCAAAGGCCUGUUUGGUGCCGUGUCUAUAUAUUUUCGCUCCCUGGUCUUCAACAAAGAUGCAUCUAUGUCCGUCAUACUUUCGUGCCGCGUGGAGCCUUUUUUUUUUUUUUUUUUCUGUUUUUUGUAAAUUUUUAGU